GCUCCGCUGCUCCGCUCGUCCCGGGACCCACUGCGCGCCCGUGCCCGCUGUCUGAGGGCACUUAUCGGACCGGACGGGCAGGAACAGCACUGGCUUUUCCAGGUGGCUCCAUCAUGGAUGAAACUGUGGCUGAGUAUAUCCGCAGGACUGUGCUAAAAAUCCCACGGGAUGAAAUCAAGAUGAUGCUGCAGAAAUGGGACUUUCUCUCUGAGGCACAGCUGCAGACUGUCAACUUCCAUCAGAUAAAGGAUAACAUUUCUCAAGAAGUUGUUCAACUCUGUGAGGAAAAUUCUGCAGACAUAAAGCAAGCAGCUGUUCUAGACAUAAUUUACAACCACAUCUACCAAAACAAAAGAAUAUGGAGUGUUUACCAGAUGAGAAAAACAGGAGAAGAAUUGGAAUAUUUUGACUUAACAGAUUUCAAAAAGAAAUUUAAAAGGAGACUUCGGUCAGCCUUGAAAAAUGUCACCAUCACCUUCAGGGAAUAUGAGGAUAAUGCCAUCUGGAUUCGGGUUGCCUGGGGAACCCCCUACAGACAACCCAACCAGUACAAGCCCAGCUACGUCGUGUACCACUCCCAGACUCCCUACGUCUUCAUCUCGGCCUCGGUGCUCAGGAGCAACUUGCCUCUGCUGUGCCAGGCCCUGAUUGUUGCUUCCAAUUACCAUGAGAUUCGUGAAAUGGAGCUUCGAAGUCAUUCUUUAAACUCCCUUAAAGAUAUUGUGUUUAAGAGAUAUAGCCAGAACUUCCAAACUUAUUGUCCAAAACCUCUACAAGGAAGGACUGUAGAACCAGAAAGUGUGGAUUUAAGGAUAAUUCAUGAAAACAAAAGUGAGAAAGAAAGAAUCCAGAGACUGAACCAGGAAGCUUUUGGUAAUGGUCCCCAACCAAUACUCCAAUUUGCACAAUAUAAGCUUGAGACAAUGUUUAAAAGCAGUCCUGAAAUGGAUGUUUUGGAUAAAAAAGAACCGUUCAGAUGUCUGGUCAAGUUUUCCAGUCCACAUCUUUUAGAAUCACUGAAAUCCUUGGCACCAGCAGGUAUGGCUGAUGCACCACUUUCACCACUCCUUACAUGUAUAACACAGAAAGCUAGGAAUUAUUUUAGAAUAAGAGAGAAAAAAGGUUUAUUUCCAGACAGUUUUGUAAGCCCUUAAUUUUAAACUUGUUCAUAGAGAAAAAUGUAAUUUGUUUUUUACUGCUAUUAAUCUAAAUCAUCAUAAACUUUGAAACAGACUUUUAGAAAACAACUUAUUCUUUGGUAAUACCUUAAAUUUUUUUUCCAAUUUAUGGCUUCUUUUAAUUAUUCUCCCCACAGUUGUCUUUAACAGAAAUCAGCCCUUUCCUUGACUAAUAAAAGAAGUCCAUUGCGAAGUUUAAA